AUGCUGGCUGAUGUAAUGUCAGGUCAGCCUUGUUUAUGACAAGGGACAGAAAACAACCAACUUACAACAUUUCUGAUGUAAUUUCCAACAGGCACACAUGCACAAGAAUGCACAGGUUCAGUGACAGCAUUAUCAUUGUCUCAUUGUAUAUGUUAGUGUAUCCCAAAUAAGACUAUUAUAAACAAUGGUCAUUUGUAGUUGAACAAUGGCUGUUUCUUUGUACCAGAUCCUUAAUAAGACUAUAUUACUAUUCAUCCAUCUGUUUUUUUUCUUUCUGUCCCAGAUAACACAGCGGGGAUAGUGACUCUGCAGAGCGGUUUUCGACGGCGUUCCCAGAAGAUCUACUUCCUGCCCGUUGUAAUCCAGGACAGCGGCUACCCCGUCCAAAGCAGCACAGGCAUCCUGACCAUCCGUGUGUGUGGCUGCGAGUCAGACGGAUCACUCCUCACCUGCAGCGCAGAGGCCAUCUUCCUCCCGGUGGGGCUGAGUACAGGGGCUCUGAUAGCCAUCCUCCUGUGCAUUGUCAUUUUACUGGGUGAGUCAUUUAUGCCUCAUUCACUUCUCCUAGUCAGAAUUGACUGUGUGAUGCUGUUUAUCCCUGUAAGGCCCAGCCUGAGCUUAAACCAACGCUCACAAAAACAAUAACAUACUCACGAAGCAGUGUAUUGUCAUUCUACUUGGUGAAUAUUGAGUAAUUUUCCCUUGUGGUAGGUCCGACCCAUGGGGCGGCGCACAAUUGGCCCAGCGUCGUCCAGAGUAGGAGAGGGAAUGGCCGGCAGGGAUGUAGCUAAGUUGGUAGAGCAUGGCGUUUGCGACGCCAGGGUUGUGGGUUCGAUUCCCACGGGGGGCCAGUAUGAAAAAUAAAAUAAAUAAAUAAAAAUAAUGCAUGCACUCACUAAACUGUAAGUCGCUCUGGAUAAGAGCGUCUGCUAAAUGACUAAAAAUUUAAAUGUAAAAAUGUAAAAAUGUCCUACUCAAUUAUGACUGUGUAAUUUAUCCUGGUGGGGCUUAGUACAGGGGCUCUGAUAGCCAUUCUUCUGUGCAUUUUUAUCCCUAAAAGAAAAACCACAUGCUUUAACAUGAAAUUUCACAUGUGAAAUCAUGUAAAAACAUGUGUUUUUGGAACACUUAAAAUUUGAUAACAUGUUUUCACGUGUAGUUUCAUGUUAUUACAUGUUGUUUUACAUGUUGUCACGUUAUCACAUGAACUUCACAUAAGUUCACGUGAUCACAUGUUAAGUUCAUGUGUUUUUUCCAUAAGGGAUUCUACUAGGUGAGUCAUUUACAGUCAAUCAUGACUGUGUAACAGAUCGGCGUAUGUCCCUGUACGCACAACCCAGGACAGAAACCCACAUUAACAUCACUUAUGAAGGCUAGCCCUAACCCUAGCUGUAAUGCAACCCUUACCCCUACAAGCUGACAAAUUAUAACCGCUUGCCUUACUAAAACUAUAGUAUUGGUUGGCUUGGCCGGUGGUGAAACUCAUUUAGCUCUCAGGGAAGCUGAUGCCACUGCCCGAUAGAUUAGCUCUCACUGGCCAUUUAAUUCACAUCUGCUCUCCACACCAUUGUGAUCAAUUUAACAAUGUAUUGUGAGGAUAUCAUUCUCACAGACUUGUCGACAUGAGUAUUGGGAGCAGAAUGAAGUGCCACUUCCAGUGUCUUAUUCAUGUGCUAGGUUUUAAUUACAGAACAUGUAUUAAUGGAGUGCUGAGAUAUGAGCCUUGAUGGAUAGGAAUAAGGGAGCAGAGCCUGUGCUCUCUCCGGAUUGGAUUGACGCCGUAAAACCUAAUCCAAUCCCAUAGUCUCAUUACUCCUUGGUCACUGACUAACUUAAGCUUUAACUUAACCCUCAAAGUCAGGGCUGUAAACUCGUCUUAAAAAUUAUUGUCUUAAACUCAUCCCACUUAAAGAGAAGCUCAUCUGCAUACAUUGCAGCUUGUUUCCAGGGUGUGUGUGUGAUGGUCGGCCAUUAAAAUUGGUAAUUUUUUUGCAGUGUAGGUCAAGUAUGGCCGUGACCCAUACAGAGUGGUCAAAAGGUUUUCAUCUGUUAUAAAAUUACCCCCCAUCACUGAUGAUGGUGGCUGAGGAGUUGUUCAUCAGCUGAAUGCGGAGAGUCAUGAGACGCUCAUGUAUGCCAAUAAGCAGUUCAGUCAAGCGGGUGGUCAGUGAAAAGAAGUCUGCAUGUACAUAGUUUAGUGUGUGGGAGCAUUGAGCUAUCCAUUCCCACACAUACUUGACGACUGGGACUGCCUUUCCAGCCGUUUGGGAGAUGGGACUCCUGUAUCCGCCUGGUCAGCCAUUGAGGACUUGUCGUUUGUAAUUGGGUAGACUGGGCUCUCAAACCCUGGCGAGUAACCAGCCUAGGAGAUGGAAAAUUCCAAUCUCUUCCCGUAGUAUUGCUUGCUUUGCUUUGCUUUGCUUUGCUUUGCUUUGCUUUGCUUUGCUUUGCAUUGCUCUGCUUUGCUCUUCUAGUAAAUUAAUUAUUCGAUCUACAGACUAAGGUGUAGAAGGAGACACAGGACCACCUGGGACCCGGAUGCCAAGACAACAACCCAAAUGUUAUAUCCUUGCAUAUCGUUGGUUACAAUUAAAAUAUGAGUAACCUGCUUUAUAAGACCAACUCAAUGGCCUUGUGGUUAGUGUCUGCUCUGAGAAUGGAAGGUUGGGAGUUCGAUCCCAGGCCAAAUCAUAAAAAAGACUAAAAAUGGGACCCGAUUUGUCUCUACUUGCACUCAGCAUUAAGGAGAUAGAUUGGGGUAAGGUCCUGUGAUAGACUAGCGUCCUGUCCAGGUCGUUUAUUUGUACAUCAAGCUGCCUCACGCUACAGAAACAAGAAAUAGGCUCCCCCUCCUAUGAGCCAUUUUGGCUCGCACAAGACAAGGCUCAUCAAAUAAAAAAUUUAUUCAUCACAUGCUGUAGACUAACAGUGAAAUGCUUAUGGGCCAUUCCCAACAAUGCAGAGAGAAAUAAAAUAGAGAAGUAAUAGAAAAGUAGUAACACCUAAUAAUAAAAGUAAUAAUAAAUACACAAUUAAUAAACGAUAACACAAUGAGUCGAUGUGCAGGGGAACGAAGUAAUUGAGGUAGAUAUGUACAUAUAACUAGGAAUAAAGUGACUAGGCAACAGGACAGAUAAUAAAAAGUAGCAGCAGCGCAGCUGAUGAGUCAAAAAAAGUUUGUGCAAAAGGGUCCAGGUAGCUAUUUGGUUAACUAUUUAACUAACUAUUUAGCAGUCUUAUGGCUUGGGAGUAGAAGCUGUUCAGGGUCCUGUUGGUUCCUGACUUAGUGCAUCGGUACCGCUUGCCGUGCGGUAGUAGUCUAUGACAUGGGUGGCUGAAGUCUUUGAACAUUUUUAGGGCUUUCCUCUGACACCGCCUGGUACAGAAGUCCUGGAUGGUAGGGAGCUCGCCCCCAGUGAUGUACUGGGCCGUAUGUACGACCCUAUGUAGUGCCUUGCGGUCUGAUGCCAAGCAGUUGCCAUACCAAGCGAUGAUGAAGCCAGUCAAGAUGCUCUCAAUGGUGGAGCUGUAUAACUUUUUGAGCAUCUGAGGGACCAUGCCAAAUCUUUUCAGCCUCCUGAGUGGGAAGAGGCAUUGUCGUCCCCUCUUCAUGACUGUGUUGGUCUGUGUGGACCAUGAUAGAUCGUUAGUGAUUUGGACACCGAGGAACUUGAAGCUCUCGACCCGCUCCACUACAGCCCAGUCAAUGUGAAUGGGGGCAUGCUCGGCCCUCUGUUUCCUGAAUCCACAAUCAGCUACUUUGUCUUGCUGACGUUACGGGAGAGGUUCUUGUCCUGGCACCACACUGCCAGGUCUCUGACCUCCUCCCUAUAGGCUGUCUCAUCAUCGUUGGUGAUCAGGCCUACCCCUGUCGUGUCAUCAGCAAACUUAAUCUCUUAAUGAUCGGACCCUUUUUUUCCAUUUUCGCCUAUACAGUAUGACAUACCCAAAACGAACUGCCUGUAGCUCAGGACCUGAAGCAAGGAUAUGCAUAUUCUUGAUACCAUUUGAAAGGAAACACUUUGAAGUUUGUGGACAUGUGAAAUUAAUGUAGGAGAAUAUAACACAUUAGAUCUGGUAAAGGAUAAUACAAACAAAAAAUGCGUUUUCUAUUUAUUAAUUUUUUGUUCAAUCAUCUUUGAAAUGCAAGAGAAAGGCCACAAUAUAAUAUUGCAGUUUAGGCGCAAUUUAGAUUUUGGUCACUAAAUGGCAGCAGUGUGUGUGCAAAGAUUCAGAUCGAUCCAGUGAAGCAUUGCAAUACUGAACUAUUUUGUAUCAAGUCUGCCCAAAUUUGCCGCAUUGGUCAAUUGAUACAUUUUCAAGUACAUAACUAUAGAGAACAUACAUAAAUGAUAUGGUAAUACAAAAUGUAAGUUUACACACUCCCAGGUAUGUCAUAAAUUAUGGAUCAUUAGCUUAUACACUAACUUUCACACAUCUAGAUGGCCGGGCAGGGUGGGUGUGGAGCCAGAGACAGCAGGGGUUCAAACUGUAGAACCCAGUUCCUACAUUUGAAUAUAAAAAUUGAUUUUAUCAAAAAAAACUAUGCUACAUUUUAUAUCUGGAACCCUUAGGAUGACAAAUCAGAGCAAGAGGUGAAUGUAUCAAACCAGUUGCCGUGAUACGUUUUUUGUUAUUGUGCACUCUCCUCAAACAAUAGCAUAGUAUUUUUUCAUUGUAAUAGCUACUGUAAACUGAACAGUGCAGUUAGAUUAACAAGAAUUUAAGCUUUCUGCCCAUGUAAGACAUGUCUAUGUCCUGUAAAGGUUGCUGUUACUUACAACAGUCAUGCUAAUCACAUUAGCGCACGUUAGCUCAACCGUCCCAUACACGGAACACCGAUCCCGUAGAGGUUAAUGAUGGUGUUGCACUCGUGAGCGGCCAAGCAGUUGUUGGUGAACAGGGAGUACAUGAGGGGACUAAGCAUGCACCCCUGAGGGAACCCGUGUGUUGUUACCUACCCUCACCACCUGGGGGGGCCUGUCAGAAAGUUCAGGAUCCAGUUGCUGAGGGAGGUGUUCAGUCCCAUGGUCCUUAACUUAGUGAUGAGCUUGUAGGGCAUUAUGGUGUUGAACACUGAUCUUUUAUCAAUGAACAGCAUUCUCAGAUAUAUCUGUUCCUCUAGUCCAGGUGGGAGAGGGAAGUGUGGAGUGCAAUAGUGAUAGCAUCUUCUGUGGAUCUGUUGGGGCAGUAUGCGAAUUGUAGUGGUUCCAGGGUGUCUGGGAUGAUGGUGUUGAUGUGAGCCAUGACCAGCCUUUCAAAGCAUUUCAUGGCUACAGAUGUGAGUGCUAUGGGGCGAUAGUCAUUUAGACAGGUUACCUUGGCAUUCUUGGGCACAGGGACUAUGGUGGUCUGCUUGAAACAUGUAUGUAUUAAAGACUGGGUCAGGGAGAGGUUGAAAAUGUCAGUGAAGACACUUGCCAGCUGAUCAGCACAUGCUCUGAGAAUGAGUCCAGGUAAUCCAUCUGGCCCUGCGGCCUUGUGAAUGUUAACCUGUUUAAAGGUCUUACUCACAUCGGCUACGGAGAGCGUGAUCAUACAGUCAUCAGGAACAGCUGGUGCUCUCAUGCAUGGUUCAGUGUUAAUUGCCUCGAAGCGAGCAUAGAAGGCAUUUAGCUAAUCUAGCAGGCUCACGUGACUGUGCAGCUCGCAGCUGGGUUUCCCUUUGUAAUCUGUGAUAGUUUGCAAGCCCUGCCACAUCCGACGAGUGUCAGAGCCGGUGUAGUAGGAUUUGAUCUUACAGUGCCUUGCAAAAGCAUUCAUCCCCCUUGGCGUUUUUCCUAUUUUGUUGCAUUACAACCUGUAAUUUAAAUUGAUUUUUAUUUGGAUUCCAUGUAAUGGACAUACACAAAAUAGUCCAAAUUGGUGAAGUGAAAUGAAAAAUGUACUUGUUUAAAAAAAAAUUAGAAAAUAAAUAACGGAAAAGUGGUGAGUGCAUAUGUAUUCACCCCAUUUCCUAUGAAGCCCCUAAAUAAGAUAUGGUGCAACCAAUUACCUUCAGAAGUCACAUAAUUAGUUAAAUAAAGUCCACCUGUGAUCUGUCACAUGAUCUCAGUAUAUAUACACCUGUUCUGAAAGGCCCAAGAGUCUGCAACACCACUAAGCAAGGGGCACCACCAAGCAAGCGGCACCAUAAAGACCAAGGACCUCUCCAAACAGGUCAGGGACAAAGUUGUGGAGGAGUACAGAUCAGGGUUGGGUUAUAAAAAAAUAUCAGAAAAAGCCGUACACUCCACAGAGCUGGGAUUUACGGAAGAGUGGCAAGAAAAAAGCCAUUGCUUAAAGAAAAAAUGUGCAAAAACGUUUGGUGUUCGCCAAAAGGCAUGUGGGAGACUCCCCAAACAUAUGGAAGAAGGUACUCUGGUCAGAUGAUACUAACAUUGAGCUUUUUGGCCAUCAAGGAAAACGCUAUGUCUAGUGCAAACCCAACACCUCUCAUCACCCCGAGAACACCAUCCUCACAGUGAAGCAUGGUGGUGGCAGCAUUAUGCUGUGGGGAUGUUUUUCAUCGACUCGGAAACUGCUCAGAAUUGAAGGAAUGAUGGAUGGUGCUAAAUAAAGGGAAAUUCUUGAGGGAAACCUCUUCAGUCUUCCAGAGAUUUGAGACUGGGACGGAGGUUCACCUUCCAGCAGGACAAUGACCCUAAGCAUACUGCUAAAGCAAAAUUCGAGUAGUUUAAGGGGGAAAAUUGUAAUGUCUUGGAAUAGCCUUGUCAGCUUCCUGCCUCCUGUUUGUCUCCGGGCCUCUAGAGGUCAUCUGUGUUCCCCUCUGCCUUAGUUCUUCCUCGUGUGUCCUUAUUAGCUUUAUCCAGGUCACCUGUGCCUUGUUUCCCCUAGAGUAUUUUAGCUGUGUUUUUUCCCCUUGUUCCUCACUUGGUCUUUGAGUCCUGGCUAUGUGUCUCCUGCUGUGUCCCACAGAGUCUUUCCGAGUAAGCUUUUCUAAGUUAUCUUUAUUUUGUUUUUCUCCCCUCGUGGAGUUAUUUUGUUUUGUCCUCCUGUUUUGUUUACUGUACCUCUGUUAGUAUACCUCUUUCUGAGAAGAACUUUUGUUGGAUUAUUUUUGAAGUGCAAAGUAAUACCUUUUUUUAUAUUAAAUCUACUUUGCCUGGAGUAUUGCCUUGAGUGUUUCGUUUGGGUCCUACUAUACCUCCUCUGUGGCUUAGGGGUAGAACACCCAACUCUCCACAUCUGAGACCUGAGUUCAAGCCCAGCUUGUGACAGAAAGACCAAGUCAAUCAUGGACUCAGAAACACUCAGUUCCAAGGACCUGUUGGCGGUGAUCGCUCGACAUGAGGCAUCUUUCCAGCGCCAUGAAGCCGUUCUCAGCCGACAGGAGGAGCUGAUGGCUAGUCACUCUCAACUCCUGGCCGAGAUGAUGAGUUCCCUCCGCCAGCUCUUUGAACGCCUCCCUGGUCCUUCCCCUUACUCCAGGUCACCCCCCAGUGACGACAGGCCUUCUCCAUUGGCGGAGCCCCGACUACCACCUCCCAAGCCCUUUUCUGGGGAUCCAAGCUCUUGCCAGGGUUUCCUCACCCAAUGCUCCCUCACCUUCGAGCUCCAACCCUCAAGUUUUCCCACAGACCGUUCCAAGAUUGCCUACAUCAUUACCCUUCUUUCAGACAAGGCGCUCUCCUGGGCCUCUGCGGUGUGGCAGUCCCAGGAGGCCUGUUGUGACUCCUACGCUGCAUUUGUAGAAGAGUUCAAGCGGGUGUUCGAUCAUCCUGUCAGUGGGCGGGAAGCUUCCAAGCGCCUACUGUCUCUCCGUCAGGGUCCCCAAAGCACGGCAGAUUUUGCCAUUGAAUUCCGGACCAUAGCAGCAAGGAGCGGAUGGAAUGAUGAAGCGCUGAGGGUCUGUUUUCAGGGAGGGUUAUCUGAGCCCCUUCAGGAUGAGUUAGCUACCCGAGAACCAGCUGGGGAUCUCGAGUCCCUCAUAGCCUUGGCCAUCCGCCUGGACAAUCGUCUAAGAGAGCGGAGAACGGCUCGCCGCCAGGUGUCUCAGUCCCAAGUUCCUCUGAGCAGCUCUGUUUCUCCUGUUUGGGCUCCGUCAUUCAGAGCUUCCCCGGCUCCUGAACUGCUCCAGGAUUCCCCGGAGAACAUGCAGUUAGGCCGUUCCAGGCUUUCUCCCAACGAAAGGGAACGUCGCAUGAGGGAGCGUCGGUGCCUCUACUGCGGGGUUGUCGGCCACUUCCGCUCCACUUGCCCCGAGCUUUCGGGAAACGCCUGUCCCCGCCUAGCUACAGGAGGGCUGUGAUGGGGAAAAUUAGAGCUCCUCCUACUAACUCUGUCUUAGCUAUUCCAGCCACUCUGUCCUGGAAGGGCCACCAGCAUCGGGUCCAGGCUAUGAUCGAUUCCGGUGCCGCAGGUGAUUUCCUGGAUUUAACCUUGGCUAAGGAACUUAAGAUCCCUACCCAACUACUUCCUCAACCCCAGGCAGUUACAGCCUUAGAUGGCAGACCUCUGGAACCAGGAAAGGUUACAGAGGCGACUCAGUCCCUGCGACUUACCAUCUUUCAACACCAGCAGGAGGAGACCUUCUAUCUCAUUGACUCCCCCGAGUAUCCUAUUAUCCUGGGUCACCCUUGGCUAUGCAGACAUAAUCCCCAGAUCGACUGGCCUACUGGCACCAUUCUAAGCUGGGGUCCCACUUGCCAACUCACCUGCAUGCUUCAGAGUCCCUCAGCCCCUAGUACCCAGUUUCAAGAGUCUGUUGACGUCUCCCGAGUCCCCAGUGUUUACCAUCGGUUCAAGGCAGUGUUCAGCAAGUCCCGGGCUACUUCCUUACCGCCUCACCGCACGUAUGACUGUGCCAUUGAUCUACUCCCUGGUUGCUGCCCUCCUAGAGGUCGGAUCUUUUCCUUAUCCUCCCUCGAGCACUCAGCUAUGGACACCUACAUUAAGGAGUCCUUGGCAGCCGGCCUCAUCUGUGCCUCUACUUCCCCGGCUGGGGCGGGCUUCUUUUUUGUUGAAAAGAAAGACGGGGGUCUUAGGCCUUGUAUUGAUUACCGGGGACUCAACAAGAUCACGGUUCGGAAUCGAUACCCCCUUCCUCUCAUGGCCACUGCUUUUGAGCUGCUUCAAGGGGCUUCCAUUUUUACUAAACUGGAUCUCCGCAAUGCUUACCAUCUCGUGCGGAUCCGGCCAGGUGACGAAUGGAAGACGGCAUUCAACACGCCCACGGGGCACUAUGAAUAUCGGGUGAUGCCGUUCGGGCUCACCAAUGCCCCCGCAGUAUUCCAAGCCCUGAUUAAUGAUGUUCUCCGGGAUAUGCUUAAUCUGUUCGUCUUCGUGUACCUGGACGAUAUCCUCAUCUUCUCGAGGUCACUGAAGGAGCAUGAGGGGCAUGUUAGCAGGGUUCUCCAGAGGCUCCUUGACAAUCACCUCUACGUUAAACCUGAGAAGUGUGAAUUUCAUGUUUCCCAGACCCAGUUUCUCGGGUUUAUUGUCACUCCCGGCCACCUAGAGAUGGAUCCCAAGAAGGUCAAAGCGGUCCACAGCUGGCCCACACCUGCCACGGUCAAGGAGGUUCAACGGUUCAUUGGCUUUUCUAACUUCUAUCGGAAGUUCAUUAAGAAUUUCAGCUCUGUGGUAGCCCCCUUGACGACGCUUACCAAGGGAGGAGGGACCAAGAUUCACUGGGGUCCGGAAGCAGCAGGGGCCUUCGAGGAUCUCAAGCGCCGCUUCACUUCUGCUCCGAUUCUGGUGAUCCCUGACCCAGAAAGACCUUUCGUGGUGGAGGUGGACGCCUCAGAGGUGGGGGUGGGAGCCGUCCUGUCACAGAGGGGUGAGGAUGGGAGAUUACACCCUUGUGCCUUCAUGUCUCGCCGCCUGUCUGAGGCCGAGCGCAACUACCACGUGGGGGAUCGAGAGUUGCUUGCGGUAAAACUGGCCUUGGAAGAGUGGCGCCAUUGGCUUGAGGGGGCUCAGCAUCCUUUCCAGGUUCUCACAGACCACAAGAACCUGGAGUAUCUCCAACAGGCAAAGCGGAUGAACCCUCGGCAAGCACGAUGGUCCCUUUUCUUUAAUCGAUUCCAGUUUCUCCUGUCUUACAGACCUGGCACCAAGAACGUCAAGCCGGAUGCCCUGUCUCGAGCCUAUUCUCCCGAGAUACAAGAGAAGCCCUUGGCAUCGAUUAUUCCGAGGUCUAGGAUCGUCGCACCUCUUCAGUGGGAACUAGAAAGAGGGGUACGAGAGGCCCUUGUCCAUGAGCCCGAUCCAGGCGGUGGUCCUGCCGGACGCCUGUACGUUCCUCUCUCUGUUCGGGCCCGCGUCUUGCAGUGGGGUCAUGAGUCGCCCUUGACAUGCCAUCCGGGUAGUGCUCGCACACUGGAAUUCCUCCAGCGGCGGUUUUGGUGGCCGUCCAUCAAGAAGGACGUGCAGGUCUAUGUUGAGGCCUGCCCUGUGUGCAACCAGGGAAAGUCGACACGUCAGCGACCCCAGGGACUGCUCCAUCCCUUACCUGUUCCUCGCAGGCCAUGGUCACACCUUUCUCUGGACUUUGUUACGGGACUUCCUCCAUCCCAGGGCAACACAGUCGUCCUAGUGGUUGUAGACCGGUUCUCUAAGGCUGCCCGGUUUAUUCCCCUGCCCAAGCUGCCCUCGGCCAAGGAGACUGCUGAGCUCCUCAUGAACCAUGUCUUCCGGAUAUUUGGAAUUCCCCUGGACGUUGUCUCCGACCGAGGUCCCCAAUUCUCGUCCCGGUUUUGGGGGGCCUUCUGCAGGCUUAUUGGGGCCACAGCCAGCCUAUCGUCUGGGUUCCAUCCAGAGUCUAAUGGCCAAACGGAACGGAUUAAUCAGGAUCUGGAGACCACCCUGCGGUGUAUGGCGGCCAGUAAUCCCACGUCUUGGGCCACCUAUAUCAUUUGGGCGGAAUAUGCCCACAACACCCUCCAGUCCUCAGCCACCGGAUUGUCCCCCUUCGAAUGCCAGUUCGGAUACACCCCUCCAUUAUUUCCAGAGGAAGAGGCGCAAGUUGGUGUUCCCUCGGCCCAGCGCUUUGUCCAACGCUGUAGGCGGACCUGGAAGAAGGCCAGGCGUACCCUCCUUCGGACCUCCCAGAGAUACCAAAGUCAGGCUAAUCGCCGCCGCCGGACGGCCCCUAGUUUCCGAGCUGGUCAGAGAGUUUGGUUGGCCACCAAGAACCUGCCCCUCCGGGUCGAAUCCAAGAAGCUUUCCCAGAAAUACAUCGGCCCUUUCCGCAUAGCAAGGAAAGUUAACCCUGUUUCUUAUCGUUUUGUUCUCCCUCGCUCCCUUAGAAUUAACCCCACUUUCCAUGUUUCACUACUAAAACCUGUCUUGUCUUCUCCCUUUGAGACUGGGACGGAGGUUCACCUUCCAGCAGGACAAUGACCCUAAGCAUACUGCUAAAGCAAAAUUCGAGUAGUUUAAGGGGGAAAAUUGUAAUGUCUUGGAAUAGCCUUGUCAGCUUCCUGCCUCCUGUUUGUCUCCGGGCCUCUAGAGGUCAUCUGUGUUCCCCUCUGCCUUAGUUCUUCCUCGUGUGUCCUUAUUAGCUUUAUCCAGGUCACCUGUGCCUUGUUUCCCCUAGAGUAUUUUAGCUGUGUUUUUUCCCCUUGUUCCUCACUUGGUCUUUGAGUCCUGGCUAUGUGUCUCCUGCUGUGUCCCACAGAGUCUUUCCGAGUAAGCUUUUCUAAGUUAUCUUUAUUUUGUUUUUCUCCCCUCGUGGAGUUAUUUUGUUUUGUCCUCCUGUUUUGUUUACUGUACCUCUGUUAGUAUACCUCUUUCUGAGAAGAACUUUUGUUGGAUUAUUUUUGAAGUGCAAAGUAAUACCUUUUUUUAUAUUAAAUCUACUUUGCCUGGAGUAUUGCCUUGAGUGUUUCGUUUGGGUCCUACUAUACCUCCUCUGUGGCUUAGGGGUAGAACACCCAACUCUCCACAUCUGAGACCUGAGUUCAAGCCCAGCUUGUGACAAGCCUAGUCAAAGCCCAGACCUCAAUCCAAUUGAGAAUCUGUGGUAUGACUUAAAGAUUGCUGUACACCAGCGGAGCCCAUCCAACUUGAAGGAGCUGGAGCAGUUUUGCCUUGAAGAAUGGGUAAAAAUCCCAGUGGCUAGAUGUGCCAAGCUUAUAGAGACAUACCCCAAGAGACUUGCAGCUGUAAUUGCUGCAAAAGGUGGCUCUACAAAGUAUUGACUUUGGGGGGGGGGUGAAUAGUUAUGCACGCUCAAGUGUUCUGUUUUUUUGUCUUAUUUCUUGUUUGUUUCACAAUAAAAAAUAUUUUGCAUCUUCAAAAUUGUAGGCAUGUUGUGUAAAUCAAAUGAUACAAACCCCCAAAAAAUCAAUUCCAGGUUGUAAGGCAAAAAAAUAGGAAAAAUGCCAAGGGGGGUGAAUACUUUCGCAAGCCACUGUAGUCCUGUAUUGAUGCUUUGCCUGUUUGAUGGCUUGUCGGAGGUCGUAGCGGGAUUUCUUAUUAGUGUCUGGAUAGGUGUCCUGCUCCUUGGAAGCGGCAGCUUUAGCCUUUAGCUCAGUGCAGAUGUUGCCUGUUAUCCAUGACUUCUGGUUGGGGUAAGUACGGUGACAGUGGGAAUGACGUCGUUGAUUCACUUAUUAAUUAAGCCGGUGACUGAUGUGGUUAACGCCUCAAUGCCAUCGGAUGAAUCCCGGAACAUAUUCCAGUCUGUGCAAGUGAAACAGUCCUGUAGCUUAGCAUCCACUUAGUCAGACCACUUCCGUAUUAGGCAUGUCACUGGUACUGUACAUCCUGUUUGAGUUUUUGCUUGUAAGCAGUAGGAUAGAUUUAUGGUCAGAUUUGCCAAAUGGAGGACAAGGGAGAGCUUUUUAUGUGUUUCUGUGUGUGGAGUAAAUGUUAUCUAGAGUUUUUUUCACCUCUAGUUGCAUAGGUGACAUGCUGGUGGAAAUUAGGUCAGACGGAUUUCAGUUUCACUGCAUUAAAAUCACUGGCCACUAGGAGUGCUGCCUCUGAAUGAGCAUUUUCUUGUUUGCUUAUGGUCCUAUACAGCUCAUUGAGUGCGGUUUUAGUGCCAGCAUCGGUUUGUGAUGGUAAAUAGAAAGCUGCAAAAAAUGUAGAUGAAAACUCUACAGCUUAUCUUGAGGUAUUCUAACUCAGGCGAGGAGAACCUCAAGACUUCCUUAAUAUUAGAGAUCACACAGAAACUGUUGUUAACACCUCCUGCCUUUAGCUUACCUGAAGCUGCUGUUCUGUGCUGCCGAUGAAUAGAAAAAACAACUAGAUGUACAUUGAGUGUAUAAAACAUUACGAACACCUUCCUAAUAUUGAGUUACAACCCCCCCCCCCCCCCCUUUCAGAACAGCCUCAACUCAUCAGGGCAUGGACUCUACAAGGUGUCAAAGCGUUCCACAGGGAUGCUGGCCCAUGUUGACUACAAUGCUUCCCACAGUUGUGUCAAGUUGGCUGGAUGUCCUUUGGGUGGUGGACCAUUCUUGAUACACACAUAAACUGUUGAGCGUGAAAAACCGAGCAGCAUUGCAGUUCUUGACACAAACCGGUGCGCUUGGCACUUACUGCUUUACCGCGUUCAAAGGCACUUAAAUAUUUUGUUUUGCCCAUUCACCAUCUGAAUGGCACACAUACACAAUCCAUGUCUCAAUUAAAAAUCCUUCUUUAACCUGUCUCCUCCCCUCAUCUACACUGAUUGAAGUGGAUUUAACAAGUGACAUCAAUAAGGGAUCAUAGCUUUCACCUGGUUAGUCUCUCAUGGAAAGAGCAGGUGUUCUUUAUGUUUAAUACACUGAGUGUAUAUAUGUCUUUGUUCAUCCACGACUCCGAGAAACAUAGGAUAUUACAGUUCGUCAGGUUCCGUUGAUAGUGUAGUCUCAAACAGAGCUCGUCCAGUUUGUUCUCCAGUGAUUGUACAUUCGCCAAUAGAACGGAGGGUAGGGGCAGUUUAUCUAAUCACCGACAUAAGUUUGUCAGGGUGCCCGCACAUCAGCCUCUCUUGCGCCGUCUCUUUCUCUUCGGAGUCUCAGGGAUUAGGGCCUGGUCUAGGGUGACCAGCAUUUCUUGCAUCGCCAAUUCGUUGAAGUAGAAAUCUUCAUCCAAAUCGAGGUUAGUGAUCACUGAUGUCCAGAAGCUCUUUUCGGUCAUAGGAAACGUUGGCAGAAACAUUAUGUAUCAAAAAAAGAUAAGCUCAGCGCAAAAAAACAGCAGAAUUGGUCAGGAGCCCGUAAAAUGGCAGCUAUCCAUUCCAGUGCCAUUCUUUCUAGGAUACUUACUUUACUUAAUCUGCUUAACCCUUAGCCUACAAUUUUUGUGGCCCAAUGGAAAUCGAAUUAACAGAAUAACAAAAAUCCCCAUCAAAAUCUGUCAGUUUAAACCAGAUAUAUCUGUUUUUUUGUAUGAGCUCAAUCCACCGCAUCUGCCGAUAUUGCCCUUCCGUAUCUGCGGUGAAAGGUGGCCGAACUAGAGCGGUGUUCGUCAGACCAUGAGACAUCCCGAAAAUAUCGGUCUUCUCACGAAAACGUCUGUAGCGUCCGAACGUUUUGGCCUACAAACUAUGACCAAUCUGUUGAAAGAUGUGACUCUCACGAACACGUUGGUGUUCUCGAUUUUGCUCUAGGACGCCCACAAGCCUCACAAGACUCGUCUGAAGGUCCCUGGUACAAGUUUAUAAAAAUGAAUUGAAGUAUAUAUGGAGAUAGUUUAGUUCCUAAAAUAAGGGGAUAAAUACAGUACAUGUAAAUUUGUUUUAAUAAUAACAGUUUCCUGAUCUUUCUUAUAUCUCUCAGAUAUAGGACAGACACUUCAGAACAAACUAACUUGCUCUCACAUCUUGCAUAUUGAAUGUAAAUGCCCAGGAUAAUUCUGUAUUAAAUGUGUUACUUGGACCACACCAUGGCCUCAAGUCUCCUCUUUCUCCUGCCAAGUAAAUUUAUCAGAAAUUACGGGUCAACAAAGAUGUGGGUUUAGAGAUUUGUCAGAGUCUUGAUUUUAUUAGUCUUUUUAAAAUUAGUUGAGCAAACACUGAGGAGUUAUUUUUCAUGUUGAGUGAGUAAGAAGUUGUUAGUUAGAAGAAGGCCCUCUUCACCCACUGUGGUCUCUGUGAAGGUAGAGUUAGUGUUGAAAGGGUUGACCACGUGGUGAGAACUGUUAUCAGAGCUCAGAGUCAACAUGUCCUGAGGCUUUGGCUGGUACAGCUGUUAUUCCAACAAGUCAUGCUGUCUCUGAGAAAAUGCUAGAGUGUAUCACAACUUAAAGGAAUACACUUUUUUGGGGGGAAAGACAGUUAUUUUCUAUGGUGGAUUUGUCAAGCUGACCCAGGUGUUCCUUCCUGUGUGGAAAUGAUGGGAAAAUCAAACUGUCUGUUGAACUGGCCGCAUGAGGGCCUGCCUGGCAUCAGCACAGCUCCCCUUCACAAAUAGACCACACGCAGCUACCACCCUAGAAAGUUAUGUCCAAAUACUAAUGACUGUGCUUGAAAUACAGACCUUGACCACAGGGGGAUGCUGACGCACUGUUUGAGUUAUAUCAAAGAAGAGAAGGGCAGUCAAUAUUCCAGCACUCAUGCUUUCUAUUGUUUUUUCCCCCUUUUCAACCUAUCUAUUUCUUCAUUUCAAUUGAAUAUUUUCUCUACAUAUGUUGAACCAUGCAUUGCUUUCCCUUGUGAAUAGUCAAAUUGAAGACCCAUAUAGGAAAUGUUUAUUGUAAUUUACCACAGGGAGGAGGAAAAAAUUGUGGAAUAAUCUUUCGUCCCCCUUGCUUUACAAAAUGAGUGUGAGAGAUGUAAGUUUGAUAUGGGCAGCCCCAGGCAGAGAUUCCCUUGGGUUUAAUGCUGAAUAGGGUAUCUGGAAGGAAAGGGAAAUUAAUUGCCAGUUGCUACUGUGAAGGUACAUUCUUGGAAAGAUCAGUACAUUUUGCUUGACUACGAUGCAGUGUCAGUAGGCUAUGUAAUAUUUGUUGUCUUGUCAGUACUCAGUACAUAACAUACAGUAUGUUGCUAAGGAACAACAUGUGUGGGAGAUUUGGUCACUUCAUCAUUGGCAAGUCAAGUGAACGCUGUACCAGGAAACAAUACCAUGACCUGUCUCAUAACAUGCAUUCCAGGGAAAUGUAUACCAUCUCAAGCUACCAACAAAAACAUAAACAAUUGAUCAAAUGCAUUCUAUGACAUUUCCCCAUGCAAGUAGCACUUUAUACAGUGAGGGAAAAAAGUAUUUGAUCCCCUGCUGAUUUUGUACGUUUGCCCACUGACAAAGAAAUUAUCAGUCUAUAAUUUGAAUGGUAGGUUUAUUUGAACAGUGAGAGACAGAAUAACACCAAAAAAAUCCAGAAAAACGCAUGUCAAAAAUGUUAUAAAUUGAUUUGCAUUUUAAUGAGGGAAAUAAGUAUUUGACCCCUCUGUAAAACAUGACUUAGUACUUUGUGGCAAACCCUUGUUGGCAAUCCCAGAGGUCAGACGUUUCUUGUAGUUGGCCAACAGGUUUGCACACAUCUCAGGAGGGAUUUUGUCCCACUCCUCUUUGCAGAUGUUCUCCAAGUCAUUAAGGUUUCGAGGCUGACGUUUGGCAACUCGAACCUUCAGCUCCCUCCACAGAUUUUUUAUGGGAUUAAGGUCUGGAGACUGGCUAGGCCACUCCAGGACCUUAAUGUGCUUCUUCUUGAGCCACUCCUUUGUUGCCUUGGCCGUGUGUUUUGGGUCAUUGUCAUGCUGGAAUGCCCAUCCACAAACCCAUUUUCAAUGCCCUGGCUGAGGGAAGGAGGACAACUUCCCUUUGAUGCGGUGAAGUUGUCCUGUCCCCUUAGCAGAAAACCCCCCCCAAAACAUAAUGUUUCCACCUCCAUGUUUGACGGUGGGGAUGGUGUUCUUGGGGUCAUAGGCAGCAUUCCUCCUCCUCCAAACACGGCGAGUUGAGUUGAUGCCAAAGAGCUCGAUUUUAGUCUCAUCUGACCACAACACUUUCACCCAGUUCUCCUCUGAAUCAUUCAGAUGUUCAUUGGCAAACUUCAGACGGGCAUGUAUAUGUGCUUUCUUGAGCAGGGGGACCUUGCGGGCGCUAGAGGAUUUCAGUCCUUCACGGCGUAGUGUGUUACCAAUUGUUUUCUUGGUGACUAUGGUCCCAGCUGCCUUGAGAUCAUUGACAAGAUCCUCCCAUGUAGUUCUGGGCUGAUUCCUCACGGUUCUCAUGAUCAUUGCAACUCCACGAGGUGAGAUCUUGCAUGGAGCCCCAGGCCGAGGGAGAUUGACAGUUCUUUUGUGUUCCUUCCAUUUGCGAAUAAUCGCACCAACUGUUGUCACCUUCUCACCAAGCUGCUUGGCGAUGGUCUGUAGCCCAUUCCAGCCUUGUGUAGGUCUACAAUCUUGUCCCUGACAUCCUUGAAGAGCUCUUUGGUCUUGGCCAUGGUGGAGAAUUUGGAAUCUGAUUGAUUGAUUGCUUCUGUGGACAGGUGUCUUUUAUACAGGUAACAAGUUGAGAUUAGGAGCACUCCCUUUAAGAGUGUGCUCCUAAUCUCAGCUCGUUACCUGUAUAUAAGACACCUGGGAGCCAGAAAUCUUUCUGAUUGAGAGGGGGUCAAAUACUUAUUUCCCUCAUUAAAAUGCAAAUCAAUUUAUAACAUUUUAUAACGUUUUUCUGGAUUUUUUUGUUGUUAUUCUGUCUCUCACUGUUCAAAUAAACCUACCAUUCAAAUUAUAGACUGAUCAUUUCUUUGUCAGUGGGCAAACGUACAAAAUCAGCAGGGGAUCAAAUACUUUUUUCCCUCACUGUAUUAUGUCAUAGCCUACUUUUCAUAAACUAUGCUGUAUUAGCAAUAUUAUAACCAACACCAUAUACCACCAUAUAGGCUACCAAUACCAUUCCGAUUGAUUCAUAAUUUUCAUAAACCACUAAUGUUUUAAUCUCUCUGUGAUCUCUCUCCAGUGAUUGUGGUCCUCUACGUGGGUCUGAGACGACAGAAGGAGAAGGAGACCCUGAUGACGUCCAAGGAGGACAUCCGUGACAAUGUGAUCCACUACGACGACGAGGGCGGGGGCGAAGAGGACACCCACGCUUUCGACAUGGGAACCCUCUGCAACCCCAAAGUCAUCAAGGAGAAACUCCUGAAAGAGAACCGGGACCUUUUCCGACGGGAUGUCAAACCCGAGCCCAAAACCGGCAAAAACCGACCACCUGUUUCCCAUGACAGUGCAGAUAUCUGUGACUUCAUCAAUCAGCGACUGAAAGAAAAUGAUGUGGACAACUCAGCCCCACCCUAUGACUCUUUAGCUACCUAUGCCUAUGAAGGGGAGGGCUCUGUAGCUGAGUCACUCAGCUCCAUCGAGUCUCUGGUUGUAGAUACCGAUGAGGACUAUGAUUACCUUAACGAUUGGGGUCCUCGUUUUAAGACUCUGGCAGGAAUAUUUGGAGAGCAGUCGGACACUCAGUCAGACACAACGUCAACAACAGAAAACAGACAUUGAUUAUGUUAUUCAUAGAAUCCAAAAGUGGACAUAAAAUUGCAUUAUUUUAGUUUUCUUAGCAAAACUUUUUUUUGGUAUUUUUUAGGGUUUUCUAUUUUAGCAAAUUAAUUUGUUUGUUUGUCAGUUUUUUUGGUGUUUUUUUCUUAUCCUCAAUCACAAGGUGUAUAAAAGGAGGAUAGAUAGCUAGAUGAAAAAGACAGCCUUCCAAUUACUUUUAUAUUGAAUGUUGUUUUAUGUCUUAUUUAUUCUACAUCGUUUUCUCACUGCUAGGGGGAAUAAAGACAGAAAAACAGAAAAUGCAAGCAUUUUCUUCUUUGAUAUCCUUAAAAGUGCCUCAAUAUAUUUGUUUCUUAUUUUUUAUUCCUCUCUCUCUCUCUCUCUCUCUCUCUCUCUCUCUCUCUCUCUCUCUCUCUCUCUCUCUCGCUCUCUCUCUCUCUCUCAAGCUGGUCAUGCAAGCAUAGGCUGACUGGCAGACAGAGGCAUGUGGGUUUGAGACUACUCUCAGUUGGACAAGUUAUGGGACAAUUAUGUGGCCCAAGUUUGGCCAAAGAUAUUUUGAAUGUUAUUUAUUAUUAUUAAUUAUAUUAUUAUUGUUAUUUAUUUAUUGGCUGGGUGUUUUCUUGGGGGGGGGGGGGGGGGGGGGUUCCUUCAUUAACGUAUUUAUCUAUUUAUCUCUUAAUCAUACCAUCUUCUUUUUUUUUAAGACGAUAA